AUGGAUCAGAUUGUCACACGUAUCGAGGCACUCGUACGUAGUGACAAUCAAAAAGAAAUAACAACUGAACUAGUUAGUAUACAACAUGAUUUAGCUGCUAAACUAGUUCUAGACAUCGAAGAAGAAAAAAUGGUGUCGUAUUUUUCCAAAUUCUGGAGCGCCAUUUUUCAUUUAGCAAACAGUCAAUUUAGUAGUGUACGAUUAACAUCAUACACUACAAUUACAAUCUUUCUGAUGAAGAUGUGUCCAUUUUAUCCAGAAAUUAUCUGCAGAUCGUUUUCAAAUGUAAUUAACGAAUGCGAUUUAGAUUCAUCAAGUGCUUAUGUAAUUGUUGCUACAUUUGCGUAUUUAACAAAUUACAUUGCUCCGAUUUUAUUACAAGAUUUUCUAAAUACAACGCCUAUUUUCCAUUAUUUCUUUCAAGCAUCGUCACUAUCAUCUGAUAGAUUAUCAUCCGUUAUAUCAAAUUUACCUUGGCUUGGAGAUUAUUGGUUUAAUACAGUAUUUGCUGCAUUUUUAACACAAUACAUCAAAAAUCCAAGCAGAACUGUAUUGAACUCAGUAUCCCAACUAAUGACACGUGCUCCAACACAACUUACAAAGCUUUUAUUACAAUUUGGAAACGAAAACAAGUGGAAUCAAAAUUAUAUCACAAUAUUAGCAUUCCUUGUUACAUCAGAUGACUUUGACAAGAGCUUUGACUUCUCAAUUCCAAAGAAUUCUGCGUUCGAUUACUUAAAUCAAGAAUCUUCACUGGCAUUCAAGAGCGAUUGCUUCAAAAUACUGUCUGUCUUCAAUGACGGUCUCGAAAUAACUCAAGAAUCGCCAGAUACAUUAGUUUUUACACUUAAUAAAAAAUCAAUCAAAAUUAAUUAUCAUUUAUACAAAAACGAGCCAACAUUCUUCUUACUACCAUUACCAUUUGACCUAUUGGAACCUAAAGAAUCCGAUUCUUCCGCGAUUUUCAACUCGAAAUUAGAGAAUAUUGGCAAAUUAACACAAAAAACCAAUUCUCUUGACAUUAUUCAACGAACAAUCAGCAUAAUCGACAGGAUAUCGCAAAACAAUCCAUCUCAGAACUCAUCUGUCCUCAACUGCAUCAGUUUUUGUGCAAAUAACAUUUUAAUUAAGAGUGAAAACACAAUUUUUUCGAAUGUUUUGUACAGAAUCAUAUUCACAAGCAGUAAUAUGUCGUGGUUCGAGUACUCCCAGAUCCUCAGGUACUUCAAGAUCGACCACAGACUGUUCAAAAGAGCGUUUGGAUACGACGGAGAAAAGAAAGUUCGAAAAAUGGCCCUGGAAUUCGCGAAAAACAAAAAUAAAAAGUUUUCGAAUGAAGCAAUUCCUUUCGUCGUCAAUCUGUCAAAGUACUACUUCUACGAAAUGACAAGUGAAGUGCUCUUGGAUACAGAUUUCUUUGAUAAUGAAAAUUUGUCACUUCACCUCAAAAUUUUAAGUGAAAUUUUACUCAGAAAUGAACUAAAUAAAGAAAAAAUUAAUUUCACAAAAAGUGACAAUAUUACGAUCAUUUCAAAAAGUGACACCGACCACUUAUCGUCUCAAAAUGAAAAAUCAGAAGAAAAUAAUAUUACAAAAAGUGACACCGACCAUUUAACUUUACAAAAUGACAAAAUUGGAAAUUUACAUGACAGAAAUCAUUUUACAGAGAAUUAUUACCAUGAUAUUUCACAUUUGAAAGAGUUACCUAGUAUUUUGAUGGAACUAGAAAUUCCAAAUGAUUUAGAACUGAUCAGUUACUGGUUUAUUAUUCUCUCUUUCUUUGACUUGUCUUCAAACAACUGUCCACAAAUGAGGCAUCUAAUUGACUCAGCUGUUGCUGUCAUCCACGCGACAACAACAAUUUUGACUGGCUCUCAGAGGAGAAUCACGAUUUCAAACGAAAUUGCACAGCCGAUAUAUGAGAAAACAAACAGUUUCCUGAUGAACAGAACAAUCGACAUCACUGAGAAAGGCUCAGUCGACAACAAAAUUGUUCUGCAGCCUGUCUACUCAGCAACGAGAUUCAUCCUCUCCCUUCCUUUCGGAAUUAUCGACAGAAACUUUUUGAGGUCUGUCGUCGAAAGAAUGUUCAGAUUCUUCCCUCAAACAUGUUCUGACUUUUUAUUAAAACAUUUCGAAGAGUUCUCAAACGAGGAAAGAUUACAUAUAAUUUGUAAACUUCACAAACAGUUGAAUUCUGUCAGUUCACCUCACAUUCAUGCACAAUGGGCUGAAUUGGCAUUGUUUGACAUAAAUGACGAUGAAUUUAAUGAUCACAUCACUUCUGACAGUUUGUAUUUUGUAGAGAAUCCAGAGAAAAUAGAUGCUGAUGAUUUGUAUGAAUUCGUGACAUUUUUGACAAAAAGUGACAAAGAAAAAUAUUCAAAAAGUAUUUUGAAGUUGUUUGACGGUUUGUCAGCAGAUCAAAUUCAUGUUUUUUGCAUCCUUAGUCAGACGAAACACCAAGGAUUGCGAGAAAUCUACGAAAACGAGUUCAAAAGAUUCACAACAAUGGAUUUGUCUUUUUCUUCUUCGGAUUUGUUGAAUUCUUUCAUGAAAAGUGACAAAAAAGAUGAGAAAGACAUUGAGUUUUUCAGGCAGAACUUGUCUGGCUUGGAUCUCCAACUGUUUGAAGAGAAAAUAAAACAGGAAAAAUUCAAAAAAGUUGAUUUACAAACGGUUUGUCAGAAAAGUUGUCACUUUCGAAAUGAAGUCACUUUUCAAACCGCCAUUUUUGAUUCAAUUAUUUUUAAUGAAGCCAUUGAUUUCGAGAAACUCGAUAUUCCACCUGAUUUUCUUAGUUUUGUUUAUGAACAUUCGGAAAAAUGGAAAAAGACUGAAAUAAUGAAAAAUAUUUUGUCAAAAUUCAGUCCAAAUGAUGCAGGAACUGAACGUGAAAAUGGUUUGAUCACAAAGGCAAUUUCUAAUUUUAACGCUUUCGUUUCUCAACUUAUGACGACAGAAAAAGUGACAAAGAAUCAAAUGCGAGUUUUAUCACGAGUUAUUGAACUUGUCGACGACAGCUCCACAUCUCUACCUGUUUUGCUUAAUCUUCUGAAAAAGGAAUACUCCAAAAACAGGAAACAUUUCCUUCUGAGUUUGGUAAAUGUUUAUUUGAAACAGACUCAUUCAAAUAACACAGAACUCCGAAAACUUAUUUUCUCUUUCAUCCAGUCCAACCAGGAUUUGUCCCUCGAAUUCGUUUCAGUAACAUUCAGGGAACUCUCCAAAAUACACGUGCUGGAAUUCCAGGAAUUGAAAUUAAUGAAAGAUUACAUGGCGGUUAGCGGUUUGACAUCGUUACCAUACUACAACUUUUCAGAAAUUUUGCUGCCGGAAACUAUUUCGCAAAAGAGAUACAUUCCGGGCAAAACAUCGCCUCUCAACGAACUCAUUUCGAAGUUCAUGGAAAAUUUGACGCCGUCGUCAGUUUCAAGAGGUUUCAGAUUGAUGACAACCGUUUUAAUCGUUGGAAGUUCUGAAUUUGGAAAUAACUUCUUCAGGAAGUCUCUUUCUUAUUAUAUAGAAAAUGUUUUAGUCUACAGACAGAAUCCUUUUGUUAUUCAGUCGAUUUCUGAAUUGUUUGAAAAUAUUUUGUUGACUGAAGAAUUGAGUCAAAUCAGAUCUAUUGUGAUCGAAUGCUUUUUGAGAAUAACUGAUGGUGAUUAUGAAUCUCCUCCAAUGAUAUAUAUAAUCAAAAAGAUAUCUCCUUUGGUUGCUAAUUUGGCCAGCCAGAAUUCGAAUCUUCUUAAGUUUAUUACAAAAAUUGUCAAAAAAUUUGAAAAAUCUGACAGUUUCGAAAUUUUUGACAUCCAGAUGCAGAUAAGAGAAAGGAUGAUCUCAAAGGUGGCAACAGAUGAAAAGAGGCAUCAAAUUAUAACUGAUAGAUUCAUAAAUUGGAUAAGAGAUCGAAACGGUUUUGACAGUUAUUAUAUUGUCAAUUUUUAUGUUGAUUGGCUGAAUAUUUUUGUGAAUUACACGGACAGAGGGAAUGUUUCUCAGAUUGCAUGUGCUCAGAUACUGAGAAAUACUCAGAGAUUCUUCGUCGCAAUCGUUCUUUUGGCGAAAGCGAUGAAAGAAACUGAUGAAGAGGCAAAAAGACUUUUCAUCGAAACUCUCCACUCAAUGAAAGCGCAUUUGACUGCUGAUUGGGAGUGGGAAGCAAUUGCUGCUUGUUUAGACCAGAAAAUGAGACAAGCAUUUGAUAUUUGUUGUCAUUAA